ACUCGGUCAUGUAACGUGCUCACAGAUUAUAACGCAUUACAGUGUUACGCGAGCUUCGAGUACUCGUUAUUUUUGGAAAGGUGUACGACACUUGAAAUUACUGCAUCAUGAGUGAAAACGUAAAGUUUAUCGUGACGGAGAUAAAUAAAUUACUGGGACGCAAUUACAAUUUAAUUGGAUUCAACUCCUUAAGUGCCGAAGAUUUAUUGCAAGUACUGUGCGCUGUUCUGCUGAAGAUACAACAACAAGAUAAUUUAGAUGCCGACAUCAGAAUAGAGUCUCCGGAAGAAAGUUCCAUAUAUAUUUUAACAACCUUACGAAUACUUAAUUACCAGCCUGAUAUAGAUCCUGUGGCGUUUAGGCAAGGUCUAGUUCGAGGCGACGUUGAGAUCAUUCAUCCUGUACUGAUGUGGCUUUUGACACAUAUCGAUGUCGUUCAAAAGAGAGCAUAUUUGUCACGAUUCCUCGUCAAGAUAGAAAUUCCACCGGAGUACCUGGGGGACUCAGAGAUAUCCCUCUUACAUGAACAAUAUUUGUCCCUAGUUGACCGAUUCAAGACAGUUCACAAGGAGAGAGAGAUAGGGAAGAAGAAUGUCGAAACUGCAGCCGAGCUCGCAACGGAUCUCCAAGCGAUGGGAAAAGAGAAAGAAGCGGUGACAGCGCGCAUCACGAAAAUUAAAUCAAAAGCCGAGUCUGCGCUGCAUCUAUUGGAUUCUUGCAGGAUGUUGCGGACGGAAAGGGACAAAGAACGUGAUUUGAUGUCGCAGAAAGAGCAAGAGGAGGACACUAUGUCUGAUUUGCAGAAUUCUCUUCAACGGGUGGAACGCGAGCUGCAAAUUUUGAAGCGCGACGGUAUUGGGCUCACACCGCAGAUAUUAAUCCAACAUCUGGCGGAGGAGGUGACGGUGCAGACUGCGAUUAUAAAGGAGAAGCUCCCGUCCGAGUUAAACGCGAAGAAAAAUCGAAUGAGAGCCUUGUCGGUAGUCAAGGAAUAUUCUUACUUGGGCCCGGAUAAAAUUAUAGGCAUGAGGAACGAACUGGAUGCUAUACUGAAAGACAUACAAGAUUUGGUGGAGUCUAAAAUAUCUAAAAACGACAUAGACAAGAUGGAACCGUUCAGGCAACAAGCGGCCGCUGUUGGGAAUAUGAAACGAAACGCUCUCGAACGUUUGGAGAAGGUCGAGAGUUCUCUGGAGGAAUUACAAUUGCGUCUGAAAGAGAAGCAAGAUCAUUCGAGGGCUCUGUUAGAAACGUCGGCACCCAGAGCGGAGGAAUUGAAGAAAUAUGUUAAUCGUUUGAAAACCAAAAGUACCCUGUAUAAACGUUGCAAAGCGGAGAUUGCUAGCCUGAAAGCGGAAGGUGGUGUGCUGCAUCGUACUGUAGCUAUUCUAGAGGGACAGAUAGCUCAGUCUUAUCAGGCGGAUAUUGUAUCAAAAGUAGUAAUUCCGGAAAAUUAUACACUGGACAAUGCGUUAACGACAAACUCUCAAUUGUCUCAUUCAAUAUUGGCCCUCCGUACCAAUCUUUCCCCUAUCAUAAGAGAUAUUAAGGUAUUACGGCAGACAGCGCGUGAAACGGACGAGAGGUAUCAGAAGGCAUCCAAAAGCCACAACACGGUAGAAACGACUAUGAAAAAUACGACGAGUGAUCUGUUAUCCGAAACGAAACGACUGAAGGAUAAGUUAUUGCAGGAUACCGAAGAUAAAAAGCAAUUCGAAGAAAGUAUCGCAAAAAUGAAAAUUACCGAGGAGAAAUUACGUAGCGAAGCAAAGAUUAGCAGCGGUAGUUUUAACAGCGUAGGACAAACAUUAAAACAGGAAUUGCGUAAGACAAUCGUGUCGGAAGAAAAAACAUUGAAAAAUUUGAACAAGGAGCGAGAGAAAAUAAGAGAACAUACUAUACAGUACGAAAGUCAAACGCAACAAUGGAAUAAUAUUAUAUCUAUCUUUUCAUGUAAGAUUCAAUGUGCUGAAGAGAGUAAACAGACCGAUGGCAUAGUUGUACGAAGAGGAGGUGCUGAAACUCUUGUAUUGCAAUAAUGUUACAAUGAUUAAUUACACGCAUAUUUUUAGCAAGAUCUUUUCACACAUAUUUUAAUAGAA